AUGCGAAAGUGUACCUGUAUUUCACCAGUGGUCGGGGAUGGGCUGGCGAGGAAAAAUAACAGUGCGGGAAACAAUGAAAAGGCUGCGUCUCCACCACUGCUUCCACUCAAAGCUAGCGACGGGUCACUAAACAAAAUAGGAACCUUGAUUUCAAGUGUCUUUAGGGUCUGGAGAGUGCCAUUUCUGACGCUUGUGGGCAUGGUACAAUUUUGUGUGCGCGUGAUGUUCGCCUGUGGGUGGGUGGCGCGGGUCAUCAUCACCCCCACCGCCCCAUCUCCCGCUUCCCCAGAGGGAUUGUAUGCCAUUCGAAUACCUCCGUGUUUAUUAAUGAGGGUGUUGUACAGCUUUGGCGCUGGCGCCUGGCAAUGCAUCUCCGCCCAGACCAGAUAUCUUUAUCCUAAGGCAAUGAACAUUUACGGGAGGAUGUUUGCAUGUCUGGAUUCUUCAAAAGCGGAAUGUUUGAAACCGAAAGGAAAAUGGAAGCAUAGUGGAACACAGCUCUCUGUGCUCGAGAACUGGAUGUAG